CGUUAUUUGCAUACAUUUUGACUGGCGCGUUGGACAACCAGCGACUUUUAAAACCUAUUUAGGUUUUUUUUUUUACAGAACCACAUACCCCGAAACUCGUAAUAGUUGUAUCGGCAACAAUGGAAAAUGUUCCGUUGUUAAGUCAUGUCAUACACUAAUCGCGAUUUGAUCUAAUCUGGGGGCAUUUAAUUGACUAGGGGCAUCUAUUGUUAUUUAUUAAAUGUUUGCUUUGAUUCCAUUCGAGGUAUGGUUCUAAGGACUUUAUAUGUUUUUAUGCAAAACGGCGAGGAUAGGAUUUAGCCACGAUAUGAUAAAUUUGGGUCACUCGAAUUAGAGUAAUUUACAACUAUGACAUGAGACGGGAAGAUGUCGGUUUCCAUAGCACGCAGAGCGUCAACGAUGUCCGGCGGAAGUCAGCAGAGGCAGACGACGUCUCAAUUUGAAAGCCAGCGAGACGAAAUUAAACGGAGGCAAUCUGUAAAGUAUCAGUUCCCAAACUUUAUGUUCAGCGAGGAGGAAGAAGCAGCCCUAUUUAACGAGAAUGAUGUCAAAGAAGAAGACAUCCGGAGAGAAGUCUUUGGGCCACCGCUCAGAGAAACCACCACCAUAUACAUAGACUCCACCGUGACUAGACCGACCACUGCAAGUGCAAGAAGGUCGGUGCUGUGGUCACGUGAGCGGAAGUCGUACGAAGAAGUUCAUUCUAAAACGAUGAGGGAGUUCAAGACGAGGCCAUACAUGCAGCACAAAUACCCGGAAAUUAACAAGCAUUAUCCGGGUACAUGGAGAGUGGUCGGGGCUCAUGAACUGAACAGCAUUGUUGACAGGCUGAGCAGACCGACCGCUUGUAGCAGGAACCGGCGAGCGGAGUCGGCGUCGCUGCUGAGCAGACGAGCGAGGAGCAAUAUGAGCAACUCGAGCAACAUGAGCAGCAGAAUUCAUACACCACAGUCUUGUAUUUACAAUGGUUAUUAUUAAUCAUUGCCAUAAUCUUCUAGGUCGGCAUCAAUACUAGUAUUUGAUAUUCACAAAAAAAUCUCAUUUUCCUUCAAGGAUCAUGCAUUUUGAAUUGUAUGCAGAAAAAAUUCGCUCAAACUCUAUAUGUCUAUAUUGACAUUUAAGACAUUUACCACAUUGACUUCAUGAGAGAAUAUUUUGUAGAGCAUGCAACGAUUGUACACUGUACAACUCAAAGGCAAGACGUGAUUUUUGUUGCUUAUCUUCUGUACAACAGGUUUUAUAUGCAAGUUUCAUGUAUACUAACUGGUGUAGGUAAAUCAACUUCAUUAUGAAAAUAACCAUAACUAUCAUGUUUGUACAUUAUUUUUUUAACAGCUAAAUAUUAAUUUGUAUUUUUUUUUUACCUCGCCAACCAUCUGAAUAUAUAUUUGCUAUACGUGGGCAUGAAAUGUACCUGUAAUUUGAUUGGCUGUAAGAUUCACUAUUGACUGACUGUUUUGCGUACUGUUGUCACACAAACGAACCAUACUUACACACUCACGUUGUAGACUACAGGUUUAUUUGCGGUAACUGAAUUUUAAAGUUUAUGAAAAAUGCUCAUCCCCUUCUCUGUCAGAAUUUUGUUUUGGGGUUUUGAUAAAGCAUAUGAACAUUCUUGUGACAUAAUUUUCACCAAAUGAUAAUAAACUUGUUGAGUUGACGUCAUAACUCAAGCAGUGAUUCUAGAUAUUACUACAACGCGGUUUUUUUUCUUCAUACAGUUUAUAAACUUCAAUUUGAUGAUACUUUAAACCAAUUUUAUUCGCGAAGAACUUUUUUUGGCGAUUUACCGAAAAAAACUGGUCCAAUACAACUUGUUUUAGCGAUCAAAAUGUACAUGUAGGAAUUAAAAGACCAGGAACUGGUUCACGGCGAGAAAUUUUCGCGUCAACGUUGCUCUCGCGAACCUCGCGAGUAAAAGUUGGUUUACAGUAAACAGCACUUGGUUACAUUCUUUCAUUUAAACAAAAUGUUUUAAGUCAUUGUGUUUGGAAAGAGAUCGGCUGUGACAACAACUUUCGAAUGUUUCCGCAAAUGGACAAAAAGCUGGUCGAUUUUUUUAAAAAAGCGUUCAGUGCUUGAAUUUACCCAGACUGUGGGUGUUUUAGAAUGUGACUGUAUGGGGAUAGGGGUUUUGUUUAUGAAUGCACGUGUUUUGUACUGUUGAUAAAUGGGAUGAUCAAAUGUUGUUAGAUAGGGGUAUUAUUAAAUUCUAUGUUAAACAC